UCAGGGUGAGCGCGUGCGCCAGGUACACCCCCUUUCUCUCUUUCUCCCUUUCUCAAUUACACCUCCCUCUCUCAACUUCUCUGAACUUCUCAUCUAACAGUAUCUAGGCCUUCCACUACUACGACAAAAAAGACACCGGCUUCAUCGAGCCCUGGCAAUUCCAGAAAAUCGUCGAGCAGACCCAAAAACACAAGCUCUCCGACCGCCUUCUCGAGUCCCUGCACACCCUCUGCAACAUCUCCUCGUCCUCCAAGAUCUCGUACGCAAACGUGCGCGCGUUCCAAAACGUCAUCCGCGAAUCCGACAUGGUCGACGUGAUCGUCAAGGGCGCCUGCGAAAAGAGCCCCGACCACAAAAUCACCCGCAACGACUUUGCCGACGAGGCCGCUCGCAAGACCCUCUUCUCGCUCUUCACCCCCAUGGAGAUCGACGUGCUCUUCCACUUUGCCUCGCUCGACAACUCCUCCGGCCGUCUUUCCGUCGACGACUUCCGCCGCGUGCUCGACCCCUCCUGGCAGGACCCCGAGAUCCUCUACAACCUCUCCAAGGCUGAGAAAGUCGAGGCCGCCAAGAACGCGCUCAACGAGCCCUCGCAGUUCCUCUCCCAGGUCUUUGAGUCGGCCUACCACUUCCUCCUCGGCUCUGUCGCUGGUGCUUUUGGCGCGACAAUCGUCUACCCCAUCGACCUCGUCAAAACCCGCAUGCAGAACCAGCGCUCGUCGUCAAAAGUGCCCGGCCAGGUGCUCUACAAGAACUCGCUCGAUUGUUUCCGGAAAGUGAUCCAGCGCGAGGGCGUUAAAGGCCUCUACUCUGGCCUCGGCCCGCAGCUCAUCGGUGUCGCGCCCGAAAAGGCAAUCAAGCUGACGGUCAACGAUCUCGCGCGCGGCAUGUUCACAGACGAAGAAGGAAAUAUUUCGCUCAAGGGCGAGAUUCUCUCUGGCGCGUCCGCCGGCGCCUGUCAGGUCGUCUUCACGAACCCGCUCGAGAUUGUCAAGAUCAGACUGCAGAUCCAGGGCGAGGUCAGCAAAUCCGUCGAAGGCGCGCCGCGCCGGUCGGCGAUCUGGAUCGUGCGACACCUCGGCCUGCUCGGCCUCUACAAGGGCGCGACCGCCUGUCUCAGCCGCGACGUGCCCUUCUCGGCAAUCUACUUCCCGACCUACAACCACAUCAAGAAGGACUACUUUGGCGAGGGCCCCGAGAAGAGCUUGGGAACCGGCCAGCUCCUUCUCGCCGGCGCGGCAGCUGGUAUGCCCGCCGCCUACUUCACCACCCCGUUUGAUGUCAUCAAGACGCGUCUCCAGGCUGAGGCGCGCGCAGGCCAAACCCACUACAAAAACAUCGCGCACUGCGCGUCCACCAUCCUCCGCGAGGAAGGAUUCAAAGCAUUCUUCAAGGGCGGUCCCGCGCGCAUCUUCCGCUCCUCCCCGCAGUUUGGCUGCACGCUCGCCAUGUACGAGCUCCUGCAAAAGAUGCUUCCGUACCACCACUCCUCGGGCGCGACCGAGGCCGGCCACUCGAUCCCGUCCGGCGAACCCAAGUCGAUCGAUCCGGACGCGCGCAACGCGGAUUUCCUGCGGAGUCGCAACGCGCUCAAGAUCUUGCUUGACAUUGACGAGAACUUUGGCAAGCCGCCGACGCUGGAUAAGCCUACGUUGAAGGACUCGUGGAAGUUCAUUCCGGGGUUUAGAAGUUAAACUGAUUCCACAUCAUUCUCUCUUUUUUUUUUUUUUCAUCUUCAUAUCAUGAUCAUUAAUCAAGAAAGCAGGGGGGAAGGACGUGGCUGGAUGGAUAGACAGCGCGACUUUUUUCUGCUUUUUAUCUUAUUUUGUGUUUCGAUCUAUGUGUUUUGCUUUCCAUAUAUCUAUCAAUUGUUAUUUUCAUUCUAUAU